AUGAUUUACGUGGCACAAGGUGGUGUGGAUGCGUAUGUUGAAUACGGUGUUCAUGCAUGGGAUAUUGCAGCUUCUGGAAUUAUUGUCAAGGAAGCUGGCGGUGUUUUAUUGGAUCCAACAGGAGCUGAAUUUGACGUAAUGAGCCGACGGGUCUUGUGCGCCUCGACACCUGAACUAGCAAAAGCUAUUGGAGCAACACUUACUCAUGUGGCAUAUGAAAAAGAAGGAUGA